AUGUCGGCAGGAGCCACUGUAAACUGGAUCAGAACCCCAUUUCACACCCAGAGAUUUCAUGACUUCUCAAGUUUAAGUUUUAGAUGCCGAAACACUUUUGGAUCAAUUCAGCCUUGCUGGUUGGCAACUGAUCAGGAUUCAUCCCUCUCCAAAGUCCGUGUGGCUGCAGACUACUCAGAUUCAGUGCCAGAUUCCAAGUACAUGAGAGAUCGGGGAUACCAUCCUCUUGAAGAAAUCAAAGAACGCCCAAAGAAAAAGGACAUUUCACUGACAGAUGUAGAAACAGCUAGAACAGUAGUAGAGGCAAAUAGCAAGGGAUUGCUCGUAUUUCCUGCCAGGGUGCAUAAUGAACCUCAUGGACAUGUUUCUUGGUCAGAAUUUCAGUAUGUUGUUGAUGACUAUGGAGACAUUUUCUUUCAAGUACCUGAUGACGGGAACAUCUUGGAAGAUGAUGAUGCAAACAACCCUGUGACAGUUUUUAUCGGAACGGAUGGUGCCAUUAUCGGUGAAACUAGUGCGGUAACUAGUGAUUUCAGCGACCACGUGGUCGUUGAGGAUUCUAUGGACAUGCAUGAUAAUGACAGCAAGGUUGAUACAGAAAUAACGGAUAUUCUUAUAGAGUGGGGAAUGCCGGUGACGAUGCGUUCAAUACAUCCUAUAUAUUUUGCCAAGUGUUUGACAAAGGCUGUUCAUGAUAAUCAUGGAGAGAAGAUUGAUAAUCCAUCAAACGGUGUCUCUAUUGUAGGAUACCUGAGACCUGCUUUUAUCGAAGAAGAGUCUUAUUUGAGGAGUUUAUUUGGUGCUGAAUACAGUGCCGAUGGUUAUUCAUCUAAUUGGAGAGAGGAAUACAACAGAGAACCCCAGCCAGCUUCUGGAACCAAUGGCCUAAUUGAUGGUGAUAAAUCGAGAUUGGACAUCAACAAUACGGAAAGUAGCAUUGAUUCAACCAUCUACAAGCUGGAAAUGAUGUCAAUUGAGCUGUUUUCCGUCUAUGGUAAGCAGUCAUCAUGUUUAUUGUUGCAGUUUAUGAUUGAUCCACAAGACUUUCAAGAUGCAGAACCAGAUCUUCUUUCAAAUCAUGCUUCGGACAUUAUAAAACGCGUCAAAGAAAACAGUGAUCAGUGUACCAUGGCUCUAAGGUCCCUCUGUAGCCGGAAAAAAGGCCUUACAGUAGAGGAUGCAAGUUUGAUAGGUGUCGAUAGUCUUGGUAUCGACGUCAGAGCCUUUUCUGGCUUGGAAGCUCGGACCGUUCGAUUUUCAUUCAAUGCCCAGGCGUUAUCUGAACGUUCGGCCGAAAAGAAGAUCAAGCGAAUGCUUUUUCCACGUUAUCGCAAGACCGUGAAAGUUUCCGCUGAAGAUGAAUGUUAG